AUGAGGGGCGAAUCCAGAACGAUCGCUCGUGCCCUUCGCUUUGCGAGCCACAACGUUCUUGACAAAGGUGACAUUACUUUUCUUGAGGUUUACGGCCGUCGUCUUGUCGCGAAGGUCUACGAUGGCGACGAACGCAAGGACCAACGAAUGGUUACCGUUGGAUUAAGGAACUGCUCAACUGCAGAUUAUAUAUACAUCAAUGACGCCGGCUUUAUCGGGAUCAGUGAAUUUGAUGAGGACCCUGAAGAGUGGGAUGAACCCGAGCUGGAUGGCCUUAACAGUGAUAUUUCUGUCCAUAAUGAAGGUCAUGUCACUGUUGCAGGUCUUCCUAGCAUGAACUUGGUUCUUUACCAGACUGAGGAAUUCGACAUCCCCGAGUCCUCUCUCGACGAUACCGUUGAAAAUUUGAUCGUCGCCCAAGACAAAGACAGCGGCAAUUUUGAUGCCCAUGUCUUAGCCAACAACGCAGUGCAUAAAAUCACCAAGAUUGGCUCUCGCGAAACCGUCGGUUCUUUCAGUCUGGAUGGAGAUUUUGUGCCCUCCACAAAGGUCAAAGUCUGGUGGCUGCUACAACAACUGGGGUAA